AUGGCCACUGACGGUCUCUUCUUCCAGAUAUUUACCCGUGUGCAUCCUCGCACACAGGUGCCCAUAGUGGGCAUCCUGGUGUUCGGGUUCCUCAUGCCCCUCUUGGCAGUGCUGCUGGACCUUGAGGCACUGAUCCAGUUCCUGUCCAUUGGCACCCUGGUCACCCGCCCUGUUGUGAACACCAGCAUUAUUGUGCUACGCUUCCAAAAGUCUCCUCCAUCUAGUCCCUUGGGCUCAGACAUCGUGUGCAGCUACGAGCUCAGAACAGCCAGCGUGCCAGCAGCUGGCUUGGUGCUCCUCUCAGCUGCCCACCAUGGCCUGGGGACUGCCCAGCACUGCCAGAAGCUGAACCGGCUGAAGCCACUGGAGGAGUCCACCACGGAGACGUCGCAGCAGCGCCACCUGACCAUGCUGGAUCUGAUCCUGCUGGGCAUGGGUGCUACGAUGGGCUUGGGCCACUACAUCCUCACGGGCACUGUGGCCAAGGAGAUGGCCGGCCCUGUGGUGCUCGUGUCUUUCAGUCCAGCAGGAGCUGAGAGCAUGGGCUCCCCAGGGGCCGGGACAGGCUGGGGGCUUCCGGAUUACAGAACUGAGAAGCGUGUGAUGACCAACUGGCAGCUGGGCGCCCUGCAGAGGUGGCUGCAGCGGGGGGUCACGGCCUAUGUGGUGGGGUGGGCCUUCCUCACCAAAAACGGCUACCGGGAGCAGGACCUGGACCCCCAGGUUUCCAUCAUCUCCAAACUCAAAGGGGUUUCCUAGACCCAGAGGAAGGAGCUGGGGAACCGGCUGUGGGAGGUGGCCGACUUCAUGAAGCCACCACAGGGGGAGAACGUGUUCUUCUCAGAGCCCAGUCUCCUUGUGACACCAGAACAAGUUCAGGGCAGAUGCCCAGAGGCAAGCACCCUCCAUCCACUGGGGACCUGCUGGGCUGACGAGGACUGUCCUGAAGGGGAGACAGGGACGCACAGCCACAGCAUAAAAACGGGCCAGUGUGUGGUGUUCAAUGGGACCCACAGGACCUGUGAGAUCCGAGGCUGGUGCCCCGGGGAGAGCAACACUGUGCUGGUGAAGCCCCCGCUGGUUCAGGCUGACAACUUCAUGCUGUUCCUCAAAAACACGAUCACCUUCAGCAAGUUCAACCUCUCCAAGUCCAAUGUCUUGGAGACCUGGACACCCUAUUUCAAGUGCUGCCGUUAUGACCCACGCUUCAGCCCCUACAGCCCUGUGCUCCACAUCAGGGACCUUAUGGCCACAGCUGGAGGGGUCUUGAGGACCUGGCAUUGCUGCCGGGGCGGUGCUGUGAGCAUCCCCGGCCUCUGGGAUUGUGACCUGGACGCUGGGGGCUCUGACUGCUGGUCCCCCGACUCCUUCCAGCUGCAGGAGAGGAGCUACAACUUCAGGACAGCCACUCACUGGGGGGAGGCCUCAGGCAUGGAGGUCCAGAGCCUGCUCCAGCUCUGUGGGGUCUGCUUCAACAUCCUCCUCACUGGGGAGGGAGGGGCCAGGCCAGUGUGCAUGCAGAAUCAAGGAGUUGGAGGCAUCUAUGGUAGACGUAACAUGGCCUUCAAGAGACCAGUGGGAGUGCAGGGUGGGCCUGGGGACCCUGAGGAUGGGGCCCUACAGCCACCAGUUGGGGCCCAGGUGCUCGUGCUCCCACCUGCAUGCGUGUGUCCCAUCCUGAGCCUUCGUCCCAAAGCCCUGUGGAGUCGGCAGGGAGAGAGGCAGAUGGAGCUGCGGGCCCUGAGCUUGGAAACAGCUGUUGCCUCAGUCUGCACGUGGGUGUGCGCCCCCAGGGGAACCAUGUAG